AUGGCCAUUCCCGAACAUCGCUCCAUUCAAGUUAAUGCCAAUGAAACCUUUGAUAUAUUUGUUUUUGCACUUUCAUGGCCUGGAAGUAUUUGUCAAAAAAUUCAACCAUGCUACAUUCCUGAAUAUGUUAAUGAUUUUACAAUUCAUGGUUUGUGGCCAACAAAUUUGGUUGAUACAUUUGGACCAGCUGAAUGUCAGGCACCUAAAUUCGAUUAUUCUCUCAUUGAUGAAUUGAAGAGUGAAUUGCAAGUUUAUUGGCAUGAUUACAAGAAUGAAACAUUCUUAUUUUGGAGAUAUGAAUAUACUAAACAUGGAACAUGCGCUUAUCAACUCCCUCAAUUCAGUUCUCGUCCAGUUUAUGAUUAUUUCUAUCAAACACUUUCAUUAAGAAAGAGAAUGAAGAGUAUUUAUGAUAAUUUGGAAAAUAAUGCUAUUUAUGCUUCAAAGAGUAAAACUUACAAGAUGGAUUAUGUGAAAGAUGCAUUCAAGGCAUCAGGAUAUGGAAGACCAGGUAUUAAUUGUUUCAAUGGAACUGUCUUGUUGGAAGUUAAAUUCUGUUUGGAUAAGGAUUUGAAAUUUAUUGAUUGUCCAUCUCAAAUUUUGGAUUUGUGUGAUUCUAAUAAUCCAGAACUCAGUCUUCCAACCUUUAGAGAAAUACCAUCUGAUAAUACCAUGCUUAUUGUUGUCGGAGUUGUUUUCGGAUUAGCUCUCGUUCUCAUCAUUGCCAUUAUUAUUGGUGGAGGUAUUUACAUAUUCACUACUACUAAGAACAAAAAGUUGCCAUCUGAUAAGCAACUCAAGGAUCAUUUAAUUAAUGAAGAAAAUCUAGUGAGUUUUUCAACCCUUCUGAAAAUGAGGCAACAUCGGAAUCAUGCCAAGUUAUUGAUGAAUGGAUGUCAACAAAGAAGUUUUUUUAAUUGGAACCAAGUGGAAAAUUCUUUGGAAAAACAAAUUUCCGAAUGGGUGAGAAAAUUGGAAACUAAAGAUAAGGAAUUCAAACAACCAACAGCCUUGUUACUUCCACUUUCUGUGGAAAAUCCUACAUUGUUGGAUAGAAAUGAUACGGAUUAUGAAAUGACAGUCUAUGUGAAAGGAUUUUUAGGAUCUCACACUUCGACAUCACAUUUAAUUAAGCAAUUUAAAAGUGCUGAUGGAGAUUUUUCACUUUCUAAUGAUGUUUCUCAUUUCCAAUCUUGGAAAAAUUCACAUGAGGUUUUAUCAUUGAGAGAAUCACACAAUUGGGGUUCACACGCAAUGGCUUGGCAAUGGGAGAGCGGCCGCUUGCCCCACCAAAUAGAUUUUCAAUCAUUGCAAGAAUCUGAAAAGAAAACAUUCAACCCACUCUCAUUCGUUCCAAUUCCAUUCACCACAUUGGCCUACGCUGGAGUUAACGUGAUUAAUGCAUUGAGAAAGAGUAGGCUGCUUUUCUCAGCUGCAUCUCUGUAUACUUUGCCAGGUAUUUUAUUGACAGAUGUCUCAUUAACUCUAGCUUUGGUCUACUAUGAAUUCAUGAAAGCUAACCAGAAUGCAAAAGAGUUUGCACUAGUGCUCAGUAAGGAACUACACUUACUCAGAAUGAAACAUGGUAAAUUGAGAAUAGUAGCCCAUUCACUUGGUGCCAAACAUUUGAUAGAGGCUCUAAAGUUACUGCCAUAUGAAUACAGACCUGAUGAAGUACAUUUGUGUGCUCCUGCCAUCUCAGAAGAAGAGUCUAGAGAUAUUCUUACUGAAGGUCUGGCUAAAUCAAAUGUAUAUCACUAUUAUUCAGAAAAGGAUUAUGUUUUGAGCUACCUGUAUCCAUUAGUUUCUACUCAUAAACAAGAUGCGCUUGGUGUGCAUGCAAUGAGAGGAAUUUCAGAAUAUAAGAAUGUUCAAUCCAUUAAUGUGGAUGAGCAUUUCGAAUCAUUUUGGGUACACAAUUCGUAUGGGUAUAAAUUUUACAAGUUUGCUCUUUCACCUUCUGCUGGCAUGCUAUCUCUACCAGCUAAUGAAGAGCGAUUGGGUAUUAAUAAACAACCUUAA